UUAAUCAAAUUGCUCUUUCUAAUUAAGUUUGAUCCCAUUGAGUUCAGUACUGCUAUGGAGAUCUCAUCAGCCAGAUGGAUAUCUGAAUGGGAAAUUGAAGAUCCUCCGUCGUUUAUGGAUGAAUUUAAGGUAGACCCUUUUGAUUUUUCGUUGGAUGAGUUCAAAUUUGAGGAGUACUCUGGUGGGAGUUGGAGUGGGACUGACUUUUAUGAGUCGCCGGUUCCGCCGUCUGCGGUGACGGAAAGGCCGACAAAGCAAUUGAAGGUGGCGGUGGACGGGGGGAUUAAAUGUCAAAUAUUUGAUGGCAAUUAUAAGGCAGAUUCGUCAUCAUCCACUUCCCAAAUAAUUAGCUUCGAAAAUUUUUCGAAUUCAAAAUGUGGGAAAGGCAGUGUGGGGGCCAAAAUUGAGAUGGAUUAUGAAUCGGUAAAUAUUAGUGAAAGUUAUUGGAAUAAUAAUGAGAAAAGUUGGAAGAAAUGUUCGUCGUCGAUGAAUAGAAAUCCUUUGCAUGCUCGAGAACAUGUCAUAGCUGAGAGAAAACGUAGAGAGAAACUUAGCCAACGAUUCAUUGCUCUUUCAGCUCUCAUCCCUGGCCUUAACAAGGUAGACAAAGCUUCGAUCUUGGGAGGAGCCAUAAGACAUGUGAAAGAACUUCAAGAGCGUUUGAAAGUGGUGGAGGAACAACCAAAUUCCAAAAUGUCGGAGGCACAAUCGACUGCGUGUGUAAAAAGAACAAGCCUCCAGGUUUCCUCCCCCGACGAUGAGUCGGACGAUAACAGUUUUACUGGCGGGCCAGCUCCGGAGAUAGAAGCAAGGUUCUCAAACAAGGAUGUUCUUAUCAGAAUCCACUGCCAAAAACGCAAAGGUUGUCUUUCCUAUUUGCUUAACAAAAUUGAGAACCUCAAUAAUCUAACAAUCCUCAACACUUCUGCCUUGCCAUUUGGCCACUCCAAGCUCGAUAUCACUAUUGUUGCUCAGGUGGAUGUUGGUUUUUGUUUGACAGUGGAGGAUGUUGUGAAGAAUCUGAGACAAGCUUUGCUGGACUUCCAUUAAAACUUUGGAAAAAGACGAGUCUUUUUUAGAUUGAUUAAUCUUUCUUUCCCUUUUUCCGAUAAAAAAAAUUAUUUAAAAAAAAAAAAAAAACUGUAAAUUUUAAUGUAAUAAAAACCCAUUUCAGAGGGGUAAAUUUUUUUUGAGAGCUAUGGACUUUUAUUUGUCUCACCUCUUUCUUCUAUUUUUUUCCCUCUGUUAAAAAUGGUUUUUUUUUUUUUUUUUUUCUGGAGUACUUUUUGCAGGCUAUUUUCUCUCUUGGUAGGGUUUUA